AUGAAAUCGGUUCGUCAUCGAAAUAUUUCCGCCUGUAGGCAGUCCCGUUCCUUCUAAUUACGCCCUGGCUCCCAUCUAUCUGCAAGUCUCAUAUCACCUAUGAUCCAAGUAGGUCUAUUUCUUAGUCAUAGCUCUCUGUUCCUUUAUUAUUCUGUUGACGUAUGGACGCCGUGAACAUAAUAUGGAUUCCAGAGCGUUCCGCUCCCAUAUCCGCAGGUUCUCGUGCAAACCGCCGGGUCAUGACGCAGCUCGCCAGCGGGAAAACCAGCGACGGCACCGCGCCAGAGUCAAGAGCCGGAUCGCCGAGCUCGAAGCUGCGCUUUCAGACGCACAAGCGAGGCUCGAUGAAGCACUACAAAGGAUCGAUGCUCUGACCACCGAGGUCCAGAGGCUGCGUGCUCUCAGCCCGAGCUCGCUCACCGCACCGCAGCCGGCGGACCGGGCAAGGCUAGGCGAUGCUGCCGCCAAAUCGGAGCUCCCGGAGAGCCCCGGGUGUUGUCUCUGCUCCCAGGCCGCGGGUAGUCUCACUGCCAAUGCCGCCCCGGACUCGCGCGACAUGUUCAGAACGGGACGAGCGAGCAACGAGGUCAGCACUCCACAGCCGAAAGGCCAAGCCGAAACCGUCGACGCCACCGCUCCUCCAGCAAUGCGCAGCACGGAGCCGGUGAUUACGGGAGGAACCCGCGGCGCCGCCGAGCCGGCAGCGGAAAUCGACCUGGAGGAUCUCAAUGACGACUGCGCGCUCCUCCCGGCGCCGGGCGAGGGGGAGUCGACAAUCCCCUGCCGCGAGGCCUACUCCAUCAUCAAGGAGUGGAGCGCGUCAUCGGAGUUCGAUCUCGCCGUCGCCAACGAGUGGCUGAGGCCGGGCUUCCGCAGGGCCAUUGCGCCCGGGACGGGAUGUCGUGUCCAGACGCACAUCUUGUUUGCCUUUGUCGACCAUCUCACGCCCGGCUAGUUACGCCCGUAAUUAGAACUUAUCAUCGGUAGACGAAUCAGAUGUCUGUGAAUCGCCACUAUCUUUUAUUCCAAUUUAUUUUCUGUCUUGUUUCUUUUGUUCUUCUUGAUUUGUUCGUCUCUCGGCACAGCUUCAAUCCAAUUAGCUUUUUGUUACCCGUAAGCAGCGAGUCAUGAACUGAUUGUCGCCGGCCUCGGUGUUUAAUAAUUAAUGGAUAAUUAAUUAGCACCUUAAAGGCUGGCCGAGCAUCCUCUUGCGGUGAACUUUUCGUUGGAAUGCUCAAUUCGCUCACCCGGAGGCCGAAUUCUGUAGGCUUAGUGUUGUAGGAAGUCCCGACGGAGAAAGAGCGCUUCUC